GUUUUUACAAUUAUUAUUAUUAUUUUCUUUUUCCUUUACAUACAUAUAUCGCCGUCUUUUUUUGGGGCGAAUGAAGUCUAAAAAAGCUAAAGGAACACCUGCUACACCGCGUUCUUCUGAAGAAGAUCUCGCUUUACCUGGCCAUCGGUCUAAUGCGUUUUCUUUCAUAAAGAACCGGUUCUUUCUUGGACAACAGGUGGCAGACAACAAUGUCGAUAGCAGUCCUAGACCGUCUACUUCUUCUAGUCGGUCAACUACACCAACAAUAACAACCACGCCGUCGAAACCAUGGGCGAUUGAGAGUAGCAACAACAAGGAACCGACAAUGUCGAAAUCGUUUGAGGAUUCGAGCGAGUUUACAACCAAGGUGAUACCCAGAGUGAAAACGAGAGCAACUCGACCAAUGUCCAUGAUGGGGAUGGAGUCCUUGAUGCAACAAGCAGAUGCAGAUACGAUUUCCAAAUUUGACGCGUUAGUUACACCACGUAAGCGUAGGAAUUCAACUAGCAAUACAGAGAAACGUACUAGUUUCAUUGUGAUAAAGGAAGGAUAUUUGUUCAAGAAGACAGAUUUCAAACCAUUUCAUAAACAAACGAGUGGAUGGAAAUUAUAUCGAGUGAUACUCAGAGGUCAUAAAUUAUACCUGUAUAAAUUAACAACAGAAUCACCACUCAAAUCAUUAUUCCCGUCACAGCAAUCGCUCACUUUUUCAUUAUCCAAUACCAGUAUUUCCAGUACAAAUAAUAAUAUAAAGGACAUUAAUUUACAGAGAGCUGAAUUCGAUGCUGAAUCACAACUCAUCUUAUUUGCACCCGACAUCGUUGCCAAGGGAACGGUCUUUAUGGAACUAAACGAGAUUACGAAAUUACCUGUUCGAAAAGUGAAUUUAGUCUUAACGAAUGAUGGCUAUUUGUACAUUUGCGUAAAGAGUGAUAAUCUAUGGAAAAUUGAAUCGAAAAAUUCCUUGUCAAUAUUAAACAUCCAUUCAAAUCAUUUAAAUUCUGACGGUGUACUCCUGUUUAGCAUAAAUAAUCCAUCAUCCAUUUUAGGUUCUUUUUCGAUCCAAAAUCAUGAAAUCGGUCAGUUAUGGAUCUCCACCUUUUCAGAAUACGAACAAAAAGAUGAACUGUACGACGCUACACAAAGAUAUCAUUUGGAUUUGAUUCGGGAUCAUCGGUCCGAUGCAUCAACAAUAAAAGGUGGUUCCAUCAAUGCUUUGAUCCAUGAAUUGUUGUUUAAUCAUGAUAUGCGUCUACUAAAUACAUUUAUAACUACUUAUACCACUUUCACAACCGCUUCAAAAUUGCUCUCUCAGUUCCAUUUAGUCAUCUCUAUGAACUCGGAAUUGCAAGACCGUUUAUUUGAUAUAUUCACCAUUUGGUGUAAGCAAUUUCAAUUAGACGUUAUGGGUGAUGUUGCUUCAGGUAUGAUGACCAUAUUGGAUAGUGACCAUAUAAUAAACAAAACGAAGGCAAACCAAGUAAAAGAGCUGGUACUCAAUACUGUCAACCAAAAUGGAAUCAAGAAUUGUGAUUUUAAUCGUGAUCUGAUCUUGUCCGCCGAUAAUCCCAAUUUAUUCUUAUUGAGAGAAGAGGAUGAAGAAGAAGAAAUACUCAGUCAAGAGGAAGUCGAGAAUAUCACUGCGUAUGACAUCGAGGGAAAGCGUAGAAACUCAAUCAAUUUAUCCAACCUAUUGAUCACAGGCCUCACACCUGCUGUAUUUCUCGUGAUUGAUCCAUUGGGUUUCGCUCAACAGAUUUAUUUAUUUCAUUAUUCUAAACAAAAGCAGUACGAAAAGGACCUAAUCAAUCCAUUAUCUUACUUACCUAGACCCCAGCUUUCCGUUCAGAUGUUAAACUCGCUCUUAUUUACGACUGUCGCUCCACAUUUCUUGACAAAACUCAUUCGAAAUCAAAUCCUCAUUGAUACACAGCAGGAACCAGAGGAAUGCAUGCUGAUUCGUUCAAAGCUUUUAGAGCAUUGGAUUCGCAUUGGUAUUCAUCUAUUGGAAUUGCGUGAUAUGACCGGUUGGUGUGCGGUUGCUAUGGGGGUUUGUUCUGUUGGCAUUAUUCGAUUAAGAGAGACUUGGAAAGCAGUUGAUCGUGAAUUGGUCCAUCGUGUACAAACAGAAUGGGUGACUGUAUUGUCUGAUUAUGGAUUAUUUACUCAAGACAUCUGGGCCGAAGGCUGGGAUAAAAAUGUCUGUAAAUUCUCUCGUGUGCUUGAUCAUCUUCCAUUUAAUGAAACAGUGCAGACGCCUUUUUCAUUACCAACGUUGCCCUUCUUUGGUACAAUUCGACAAUCAGUAGAUCGCCUUCGAAAACAUGUGAAGAAGUUAUUAGCGCCAAACACAAUCAAUUUUGAGGAAUGCCAAUGCAUCUAUGAUACCAUUACGCAAAGCUUAAAUCAGUGGAAAGAAACCAAGUUAGAUUAUGAUCCAGAACAAGUCAAGUUGCUCCCAGUAGUCGGACCUCUGCAGAUGUUCUUUGAGCACUCUAUCACGGAUCUGAUGUCUGUACCGCAUGAUUAUAAAUACCUUCAAGAAUGCUCUCUUUCUUGUGAACCAAGAAUAUUCGGUCAAAGCUACGAUCGUCGCAAGUAUACUGGUCGUCCUGGUCAAUCAACCAAUACGGAUGUCGCACCCCCUUCCACCUCUUCCUUGGUAUUCCCUAGCAUCCUUGAUAACUGCACCAUAUUGGAUGUUGAUAAUGUAACGACCACAGCUACUACUUCGACAACAUUACCAGGUUCAACAAGUCUGACUUCGACGGCAUCCACAUCUGCUAUUUCAACCACAUCCUCGGUGCAUAAAAAGUCGAGCAAGACGGGAGCUAAUAAUAGCAUUCGAUCCAUUCGAUCAUUUUUAGAGGAUGGCAAGAAAUCAAGUUCUUGUACGUCUAGCUCCAGUUUCAACACAAGUCAUGAUGCUUCUGUAUCUCCGUGUAAAGGGGCGAAUCGAAAGGCAUUUAGACGUCGUACUUAUAGUUUCCCACCAGGCAGUGGCAAUCCCAAUGCAUCUUCAUCCAGUACGAGUAAACUCGACCUGUUAGAAACUGAAAAUAGUAGGACUUGGUUAGGUUCAUUGAUAUCAAAUCGACAUCAUCGCACGUACUCUACAAAGGCUUUAAUUGAAGCACACAGAAGAAGUCAUGCGGCACAGUACGGUCAUAAUGGAGAAAUUAUCUUGAGUGUGCAACAAAAUGAGUUGGUGUUUAAAGCAGCUGCUCUUCUCAAGAAAGAAGCUAUUGUAGGUGAUAAUGAGUCAUUAAAAAAGACAGAGUCUUCUCAUUCAAUUGAUUUCUUGAAGAAGGACGAACUUGAAGAUGAUGAAGACGCUUUGCUAGUGACGAUAAAGGCAGGACACUUGGAACAUUUAGUGGACUGUCUUGUACGUGGUAUCUUACCACAUGAAGAGGCGAUUAAAGAUCAAUGGCAAAUGAUGUCGUUAGCGGAAGGACUUCAACAUCAAGUGCAACCUGGUAAAGUGGCUAUGGAUGAAGAAGAGUAUAUCAAUGUAUUUUUCGCAACUUUUCGAAUCUAUUGUUCUGCCACACAUUUACUCGAUAUGCUUCGAAAGAAGUUUAUGGACGCCAAAUCCAAAUGUCGAGCCAAUUUGAAAAAGAAACGAAAGGAUUCCUUGAUCUUAUUAGAAACGUAUUUUUCACCCGACAGUAGUUCAGCGGAAAAGGAAGAGACAUCGAAUAUUGACCUUUACGAUUGGAAAAAGGUAGCUGAUAUUCAACUUCGGGUGCUGAACUUGUUCCUGUAUUGGUUGGAAGAACAUCCGUAUGAUUUCAUUGAUGAGAUUGAAAUCUCGAAAUAUAUUGGCGUGUUUUUAACAAAUGCUAAAAUUGCUUUGGAAGAAUGGCGUGGUCCAUUAUUAAAUCAUACAGAUGAAACCGACGAAGAAAAGAAGACACAGCAUAUGGAGGCUUUGACGAUGGCACAUACGAUUGAACAACGCAUCAUGGACUUGCGAACGCAAUUUGUACGAAAAAGUCUAUCUCCUUGCUAUGAUAUGAAAGCAAUUCAAUUCGAUCCAGAAAGUACACGAGGAGCUGAGGAAUUGUACAGACAAUUAACCAGUGGUACACAGCGGUAUCAUACCACUUUACAGCUGGCAACCAAUAAACUCGUUCCAUUGUCCAUCUCCACCAAACAGCGUGAUACAGAUGCCAAGAGUUUGGUCGAUAAUUUUGGACCCGAGGCUCUUCUAGAACAGGUGGAUAAGGCGGUGCGUCAGUUAUUUGGAGCUGUCACGAUGCAAGACUGGAUCCAGACAUUUGAUGUUUUUGAAGCUCAAUCGGGGGACUUGUACGCCUGGCUUCCAGCCCGUAAACCGUCCAGAACGUCUCGAAUGUCCGCUUCUCUUGCUCCCGUUUUAGACGCACCUUCAUCUCAUUUACCCAAUUAUCAUGUCUUGGCAGACGAAGUCAUUGUGUCUGAUAUAUUUACGGCUAUUGAAGGUGCUAGAAGAUCGGUUGUCUCUCCCUCUGCAUUUUCAGAUGAUGAUCUCUUGUUGGCCUUUCCUGGUUCAAUUCAAUACCUAUAUUGCAUGCAUUUUAUUAUCCGUAGUUGGGUCAUUAAUGAAAUCGCUGCCAUAGAAAUCGAUUCCAAGACACGUGUAUUACGGAUCGAGAAAUUUUUACAGAUUGUAACGUUGAGCAAAAUCUCGAGUGAAAAAAUGACGUUAUUUCCCGAGCUCAAGGAGGCAACCAUGGGAGGCAAAAACUGUGCUGGUAGUCGAGUACCUGGAUUUGUGGAAUAUGCUAUUGCGAGUGCGCUGGUGAGUCCCGAAGUACGUAUUUUUACCAAGGCCUGGAACGAUGUAGCGAUGCAACAUGGACAUGCGAAUAUCGAUACGCUGGAAAAUUUGUUGAAUCAAAUUCAGAAAAUUCAACCCAUGGUGUCAUCUAAUACUUCACGUACCAUUUCUUCCACCUUUUCGAAUUCAUCGAUUGCUUCUUCUACCGUUUCCAGCCAACAGCAAUUAGUGGUACCGAGUCUCGGCUGGAUAUUUGAACGCAUCAUGGAACUAUGUUUUCAUAUUCCUGAUACCUUUGAUAAAAAAGAUAGCAUGAUUAAUUUCGAUAAGCGGCGUUGCGUGUAUCAAUUCCUGCAGUUGAUCAUGAAUGUACAGGUGGAUUUAGAUGAGCAGCAAACUGAAGCUAAAGGAAUCAGUAUGUCGUUUUUAAUCUCGCCGAGUUUUUCAAAAGAUACAUGGAAAGGACUGAAAGAAGUGGCCGCACGAGAGAAUAAGAAGGCAUCCUUGGGCUCGUCUUCUGGUAGCUUGGUGCUUCGUGGGGCUACCAGUAAAUCUCAUAUUUCUCGCACCACGGUCUUCAGUAAAUUGGUCACGGAACAAAUGGACAAAUUAAAACGCGAUUUUAAAGAACGUGAUCGUAUUGAUAAAGAGUGGUUAUCACUUCAGCAUAAGCUUCAAAAGAAACAAAUUGAACAAGCGCGUAUGGUAGAAAAACAAGACCGAAAGGCCGGGUUGAAUAAGUCUUGUACACAACAACAGCAGCAUCAACACCAGCAACAUCAGCAACAGCAUCAUAGUGUCAUGCCUCGUAUCAAUUCUUUUCUUCGAAAUUUGAGGCCGCAAUCCAUGAUUGUUUCACCAGCACAGCAAUCAUUCCCACCCCAUAUUCAAAUUGACCCGCCUCAAGAAUACAUGUCAACAACAAAAGCAUCUACCGUGAUUAACUUGAUCCACUCUACGACAUCGGUAGCUAGCACUUAUACGAAGCGUGAUUUUGUGUUCCGUGUCGUGACGGAGGAAGGUGGGCAAUACCUAUUUCAAGCCAUGAAUCGAGAAGAUAUGCAUGAUUGGAUGCAACAUGUCAAUAACUCUGCUAGAGAAGGAGCUGUCAAACGUCAGAGUGUACUUGCGGCCGAAUCCUUGGAUUAUGAAGGAAAUCGUCAAACCGCGGCCUUCUUGAGCUCUGGUAGUCGAAACCAAUCUGCUUCUAGGUCCUCGGUGUACGGUGUCCCCCUGGAUAGUUUGAUGCGUGAUGGCAAUAUACCCAAAGUGGUGACAAAAUGCAUUCGAGAAAUAGAACUACGAGGACUUGAAGAAGUGGGUAUUUACCGUGUGGCUGGUACAGGAUCCGUUGUGAGUGCAUUGAAGGCGGAAUUUAAUAAGGAUGUUGCAUCAGUGGACCUGAAUAGUCCUGCAUGGGCGGAUAUCAAUGUUGUAGCAGAUGCAUUUAAGCAGUUUUUGAGAGAGCUUCCAGAGCCUUUGUUGACGUACACUUAUUAUGAUGAAUUCAUUCAUGCUUCAGCUUCAGAGGAUCAUGAUGAGCGUGUGUAUCUGAUCAAGAAAGUCAUCAAAAAAUUACCUGAAUCGAAUUACAUAUUGUUAAAACGAAUUAUUGAACAUUUUGUCAUCGUUACCGAUUUUGAAGCGACGAAUCAUAUGUAUGCCACCAAUCUAGCGAUUGUGUUUGGACCUACUUUACUACAACCAACACCUGGUCCCGCAUCGUUUGCCACCACCAUGUCAAAUUUGGGACAUCAUCAAAACAUUGUGAAAUAUCUCAUCUUAAAUUACCAUUACUUGUUUGAUAUCGAAAGCGAUGAAGUCGAAACACUUUCGAAAGAAGAGGAUGAUGAACCAUCAAUUCAAGAAGAGCAAGUAUAAUGUAUUUAUUUACCCCCUCUGUUUACACCUCUGGUUUUUUUUAGUGCGUUUCUCUCUUUAUCAUUUCAUUUUUUUUUUUUAACCUUUCACUCCAUAUUAAACGAUGGCCGGACCAUCUAGAAUUUUUUUUUCUUUUAUUUUGCGAACAAAUUCCCCCAACACAAUAUAUACUAAGUACAAAAUCCAUAAUAUCAUAAUAAUGUAAUAAAAAAGAGAAAAUAUUACAAUAC